UAUAAGGUGCUGAGUAAAGGUAUUGAGCUGGCCACAUACUGCGGAAACGAGAUGGUCAUGGAAGACAGGACCCCCCGUGAAGUACACCUGACGACAUCCAAUAACAACAUGCUAGUCAAGUUCCACUCAGACUUCUCGAACGACGAGCCGUUUCAGGGAUUCCUGGCGCACUAUCGGGCAGAAGUGUCUUGCAGAGAUCUUCUCUACACUCACGAAUCGGACGAAUUCCAGACACCAGACUACCCACUGGAGUAUCCGAAAAAUGCUGACUGUAGUUGGGUGGUUCACGUGGAGAUUGGGUUCGUCAUCAACCUCGUCUUCCAAGCUUUCGCUGUGGAAUCGCACCCGCAAGCACAAUGUCCAUACGAUUAUGUCAAGGUUCACUAUGAUGGCUAUGACCUUGGCCCAUUCUGCGGAGAGACGGAAGCUGAUCGGCCGCCCAACAUAGUGACCACAGGUCAUCGGGUCAAUGUGACAUUUCACUCAGAUUACUCGGAGCAAAGGACAGGUUUCCACGCGAGAUACUACGUCACUGCCCGGCCCUGCCCUCCACUCACUGCCCCGACAUAUGGCUCAAUGGUCGGUAGUAAUUUCACCUUUAAGCACUCAGUAUCCUUCAGUUGUAAGGGAGGCUACUUUCUGCAAGGAUCAUCUUCGAGAACUUGCCAAGGCGACGGCACCUGGUCUGGCACCCAGCCUUUCUGCCAGAUCGUGACAUGUGACAGCCCGUCCCCACUCGGCAACGGCAGAAUCCUGUUUUACUCUGGAAGCAACUACAGCUAUACUAACUCCAUUGGCUACGAAUGCGACCGCUUCUAUGAGCUGAAAGGCAUGAGCUUCAGAGAAUGCCAGGCCAACGCCACUUGGUCCUUCACCAAACCGGUUUGCAUUCCAGUUUGCGGUGAGAGCACCUACGCGCCCAGAGACCGCAGAUCGGAGCAGCGCAUUGUGGGAGGGAGAGAGGCUGUGAGAGGCUCGUGGCCUUGGCAGGUACUUGUCAAGGUGUACGCUCCGAGUCACGACAUCCUGGGCGAGCAGUCCUUCUGCGGCGGUUCACUGCUCAACGAGGAAUGGGUGCUUACGGCUGCCCACUGCGUGACUGGAGGAAACGAGGACCGGCCGCGCUUUUUCGGGCAGCGCGUGCCGACAGACGCCUUGGAGAUAUACUUGGGUAUCCACGACCGUUGGCAAAACACACAGGACACUGUAUACACCACUGUGCUUGAAAUCUUCAAACAUCCUGACUACGACCCCUCUACCUGGGACUCGGACCUGGCAUUGCUGCAUCUUAAUAUGUCAGUCCAGUUAUCCAACUACAUCCGCCCGAUCUGUCUCCCCGAGCAGAACAAACGACCGGGCCGCGACGACGAUUCUAGGGUGCGCAUCAGGAACGUAGCCGAGGGGGUGGACGAAGGCGUCGUCAUCGGUUGGGGCAAGCAGAGCCGUGGCGGGUCGACUUCAGACGUGCUGCGCGAAGUGUACGUUGGGAUUGAGGUGUCCAGGGACGAAUGCAACGAAGCAAUGGAUUACAAGCAAGUUACACGUAACAUGGUGUGUGCUGGAUCACGCGAAGGUGGGCAGGACUCAUGUGGAGGAGACAGUGGCGGGCCGCUGAUGUUGCAAGAAGCUACCACCGGCCGGUACUUCCCGUACGGCAUCGUGUCCUGGGGCGAAGGUUGCGGGGCCGUAGGAAAGUACGGUGUCUACACACGGAUAGAGAACUUCGUGGAUUGGAUCCUAUCGAUCAUCGAGAUAGAGCGUUAAGGCCCAGCAAGGGGAACGAAUCCGCCGUGAGAUUGCAGAAAAUGUCUCGACAAGUCAGCUUGAAUUAUAAUCUGUUUUGCCGUACCAAGAUCAACGCCAAGUAUUGAAAUUAUAUCUUUAUGACCAAUACAAAUUCCUGCUAAACUACCUUCAACGACGGUUUCAGGCUUUUGUUUCUUGUGUAUUCACCAUGCUCAGUUAUGCCACGUGGCCAAUGAAUACUUUCUCUGAGCAGUAUGGCGAAUGCGUAUGAGGACCCCAUUGGCACAUGUACUGUUGUGACUUUAUUCCAUGACAUUAUGCAUAGCGAGGUCAAAACAGAAAUGACCCAUGUGCACUGUAACAGUUAAACGCUCUAAAAAAAUCCCAGCGGUGCAAGCCCCUUUACGGCAACCACAGAUAUCUGCGAGAAUAUGCAUUCAAAUGCACAGGAAAAACAGUCUUUGAAACAAACAAACAGCAGCAAUACUACUUAAUGAACACCCGUAGAACGAGGGAAAGCUACACUGACGAAAUUAAUUUAUGUAUCCUGGAAACUGUUUUUGUAGUCGGUUUAUUCUUGCUUCAUUGGCCUGUUUGGCAAUUAUUCUUGUUUGCUAUUUAACAGGAGCAACUAAUUUACGGGAAAAAAGCAGCUUGGAAUUGAAGAAGAUUUUUCAAACUAAAAAUUCAGCCUUCUGGUGCCCCUUCUAAUCUCCUCUUUGUUUGCUGUAUAUGUAUAUUCCAUUCCCAAAUAAUUCAAAGUUGAUCCUGGUACUCAAUUUCGUUUUAACCUCUAUGAAAUAGCAUGUGGCAAAAGUUAGUCAAAUACUACACCUAAUAAUUACACCUGGUAAUGAAGCCUACAUUCAUAAGCAUGCAAUUUGUUUAAUUUUUGAACCAUGGGAAUUGUGUUUUAAAACUUGCUUCUAGCCUACACUUCCAGAAUAGCAUUACUAUUGUUUUCUGCAACAGAGAACGCCCAUUCAACACGGACACUUUGCACUCUGUUUUUGAAACCUUAAACUAUGAAUUUACAUUGGCAUUUGUGACUGCGUUAUUGGGAUUUGGGAAACAACACUUUGCAUUACUCCACUCAUAAGUCUGCUUGUAUGGAUGCAAGGGUACAAUAACGCUAAUAUUCAGCAUUUAUCGGGUAAAUAAAGGAAAAGCAAUAGAACAUUUA